CAGCAGUCUACCCAUGAAAUUGAACCUGGAUGUGCACGUCCUUACUGAGUCAGAAGAGAGAGUAUUAGGUGAAGACAGUGAAGAAGAAAAAGGGAAUUCUUUAGGCAUUGAAGAACCUGGUGGUCAUAUAGCCUGUGAGUCUGUAAGCAGCUUUAGUGAGCCCUUGGGCGACCUUUUUCGAGUAUGUUCACCGUACACCAUAGCAAACAGUCUUCAGAAGGACCUGGUGGAGUUGACAACACUGUGCUUGGAACUGAAUGUGUUGACUUCUGUAGUGGAAAGCAUAGGUGGACAUGUGGACCGUGCUCUACAGCAGCUCUCUCCUGAGAUCCUGGCUUGUCAUUUCCUAAAGAAGUAUUUUUUCCUCCUGGACUUGAAAAGAGCAAGGGAGAGUAUCAAGCUAAGUUACACCAACAACCCUUGUGUUUGGGACACUUUUGUUGAAGGACUGAAAGAAAUGGCAAGUUCUAGUCCUGCAUACUUGGAGAUGGAAGAAGGAGACCUGCCCACAGGGUUGCAGUUACUGGAUGGCUCGGUCCCUUCAGAUAGUCCCUUGUUGAUGGCAUUUGCCACCCGAUUGUAUGAUAGAUUUGGGGAGUCUGCCCUUCGAGCCUUCAUCAAGUUUUAUCCAUCCAUCUCACCUUCGGACAUCGCACAGCUUUGCCGUCAUCAUCCCGCUCAGUUUUUGGCCUAUCUAGACAGUCUGGUGAAGUCAAGGCCUGAAGACCAGUGGCCAUCCUUCCUUGAGUUCCUUCUACAACCAGAAUCUCUGAGACUUGACUGGCUGCUGUUGGCAGUGUCCCAUGAUGCUCCACCAAGCACAAGCACAGUAGAUGAUGAAGGGCAUCCCAGGUAAGCGUCCUCCUCUGUGAGCCUUCCCUCAAAGUGGAACUGAUAGUUUCCCUUGUAGCAUCCAGGCUCACUUUAGGAACAGCAGUAGAAAAACUUAACCAAAUACUGGGAGUAACAAGAUUGUGUGUCCACGUACAUUCUUGUAGUUCUGAAUACUGUGAGUGAGGUUACAGACCCUGUAAAAAUCUCACAGUUUCUUUCAGAAAAAUGCACAUUCAUGUAAAAAUUUGCACAUAACUUCAAAGAAUUAAACUGGCCUCCCUGCAGUUCUUUUGGAGACCCACAGUGAACCCUGG